UCGGUCGGCCGUCGUCUCCGAGGAGAGCCGCCGCCCGCCCUUGAAGAGCCACCGCCCGCCAGAGGGGCGUCGCCUUCGUGCUGGACUGGGUCUGCCCCCGGGGCCACGCCGUCUGCUCGCGGCCCGCCGUCGGGGUCGGGAUGCCGGCCGGCGACUUCCUGCUGGGGACCGACGUCCUGCUGGGCGGGAGCAGCUACGGCCGAGUGGCGCCGCCGCUCCGCUUCAGGAACACGGGGGUCCUCGGUCCGGACUCCUGCUGCCUGGACGCCAUCCGGGAGUUCUGGAUGGAGAGGCGGUCUCGGGGGGUCCGGUGGCUGCGGGGCAAAGAUGUGGUGGGCGGUGAGUUGGACUCAUCAUGUCAUCAGCGUUGGGACCUUGGUUCUGGUUCUGUUCCAGCAGGCGGACGGAGCGACCCGGCAGUUCUACAUUCAGAUGUACAAAAAGUGAUCGUUAAAGAGGAACAGGACUUCAGUCUGGACCAGGAGGACCAAGACCCUCCUCACAUUAAAGAGGAACAGGAGGACCUCUGGACCAAUCAGGAGGGAGCGCAGCUUGAAGGCCUGGAGGAGGCUGGUACCAGGUUCUCAUUCUCUCCUGUGAAGAGUGAUGAAGAGGAAGCUCAGUCCUCUCAUCUUCAUCAAAGACUAACUGAACACAUGGAACCAGAACCAGACUGGAACUUAAGUCCAGACAGACAUUUCCAGCGAUCAAUGAGUGACAACGUUUCACAAGGUAACGAACGAGUAACUGAUGAUGAUGAUGACGACGACUGGAGGGAAACCAUAGAACCUCCGUCAGGUUCAAACUCUCUGAACAAUGAGGACUUGUCAGUCUGUGAGUCCAGAUGUAGAGUUGGAGAGAAACCGUUCGACUGCUCCGAGUGUGGGAAAAGAUUUGGGACCAAGGCGUAUUUGAAGGUUCACGUGAGGACUGAUACGGGGGAGAAACCCUUCAGCUGCUCGGUGUGCGGGAAAGGGUUCACGCGGAAGGUUCUGUUGCAGUUGCACAUUAAAUCUCACACGGGAGAGAAACCAUUCAGCUGCUCCGUCUGUGGGAAAGGUUUCACACAAGCAGGAAGUCUGACGCGACACAUGCCGCUGCACACGGGGGAGAAGAGGUUCAGCUGCAGUGUUUGUACGAGAAGAUUCACGUGGUACACGAGCCUCAAGACGCACCGAUGUGUCGGCUAUCGGUCCGAGGAGAACCGAGAGGAAGAACCUCCGGCCGGCAGCUCGACGGGAAGCGAGGAUGGAGAGGACUGUGGAGGAUCAGAACCGGACCAGUCGGGUCCAGAACCAGACGCUGUUGCCAAGACUGGAGACUCUUCCGAUACUGAUGACAGUGAUGACGAGUGGAAGAAGACCAGAGAAUCUCAGUCAGGUCCAAACUCUCCGGAUGAGUCUGUCAGCGAUUCCAGAUGUGGUACUUGUGAGAAACCAUUUAGCUGCUCUCACUGUGGGAAAAGAUUUGGCUUCAAGGCACACCUGAAGAGACACAUGAGGUCUCACAACGGAGAGAAACCCUUCAGCUGCUUAUUCUGCAGGAAGUCGUUUGCACAAAGUGAUAGUCUCCAGAAACACAUGAGGAUCCACACCGGAGAGAAACCCUACAGCUGCUCACUGUGCGGGAAAGCGUUCAGUGAAAUUGGAAAUCUGAAAGUACACAUGAGAUCGCACACGGGCGAGAAACCAUUCAGCUGCUCACUGUGUAAGAAGUCUUUCACAAAGAGUGACAGUCUACAGAAGCACAUGCGGAUCCACACUGGGGAAAAACCGUUCUGUUGCUCCGUGUGCGGGAAGUCCUUCAGUGAGAGUGGAAAUCUGAAGAGACACCUGCGACUGCACACCGAGAAACCGUCCAGCGCCGCUGAAGGAAGAUGAAGAUUCACUUCCAGUCUGUUCGUCGUCGGCUGAGAUCCAGAUCAAGAAUCAGUCCUCAUGACAAGUCUACAGACUCUUCGGAAAACCAGAGAAACAUCGACUUCCUGUUAGUGACUCAACAGGAAGUAACUCUCAAAGGACCAGAAUGAGGUUCAAACCACAACGAUCUGAACAUUUAAAAAAAACGUAUACAAUAUUUUUCUUUUAACAGAUAUUUCAUUUUAAUGCAUUCCCGAAUGAAGCCAUUUAAAAAUGGAAUUUUAAUUAAAUUAACUUGUUUUUGUAUAAAUCUGUUUCAUGAGUGAAGCAAACAUUGUGAAUGUUGUAUUUUCAUUAAUGUGGAUUCAAUUACAUUUUAUUGGAGAGAGAGAGAGAGAUAACAUUUUACUUUCCAGUGGAAAAUGUCAAGAAGCAAAUGUGUUUACAAAAAUACAAUAAAAUAUCAGGACAAUUUACAUUUAAGAAUCUAAAUAACGGUUCUAGGAUAUAACUGAUUUGAGCAUUGAGGUUUCACUUGGAUUCUAAAGUGUGGUAUAAAUUAAAUUAAUUAUUUGAACACA